CAGCCCAGAAAAACCCAGUGACAGUCCACCUCAACUUCGCCAAUGCCCUAGUUCGCCCCAUCUCCACCGCACCGCGCCACCACCUGCUGCUUCCAAUCCAUGGCGCCGCCAUCACCGCCGUCCAAGGACAUCGCCAGGGACCGAGCAGAGCCUUGCAGGGAUGCGUCCUCUGCUCCCUCCCCAAUCCCGACACCUGCUUCCCCGCCUCCUCCUCUUCUUCUCCCAGGUAUGCACAUACCUCACCUUCCCCUUCCCUCCCCAACAGCCAGCCUCUCCUCCGCGAUGAACCCUAGCCAGCCAUGGCGACGGAUCCCUCGGGCCUGGUUGGGUGGGGGAGUGGUGUGCUCCCAUGGAUCCUUUGGGCGUCGGCAGUGGUGUGCUCCGGUGGCGGCGUCCUUGUGGGGGCGAAAUUGAAGGGGAAGGGAGAAGGAAGAAGCACACGGCCCAGAUCGCCUCCACAGAAGAAAAUCUGGCGGUCCUCCGUAGCCGUACGCACCCACGCACGGAGGGCCGGCGAUUACUCCGGCGGUCCUCGAGGGUGCCUGGCAAACCCGUCCGGCGGUGCCCUUCCCCUGUCGUUUCUGGCCCCUCUCCCGUUCUUCUCCACCAUCUCCAUGGCCGCGGGGAACGGGUCGUGCUUGCUCGCCGUGGCGCUUCUCGCCGCCACUUGGAUCUCCGACGCUUCGUCAUCAAAUGGGCAGGGUUUUGCUCAAGGCAAGCAUCUGGAGUAAGCUUCCACGGAUCACCCGAAUCUUCAGUUAGAGAGCAUAGCAGCCUGAUCUGAAGAAAAAUGAUUGAUUCAUGGUGCAAUUUGCUGUUGCUUUGUGGAUUUUGCUCUUUCUUGUACUGUGACUAUAUGAAUGUUAUCCUGUAGUUUAAUUAUUAUCUGAGACCGUAUAAGCUGUAGAUAAAUGUUUAAUCUGGAGAGAGAUUUAGAGUAUUUUUCUGUGAGAAAGUCUAUUUUGUAGAUUGCAGUGGCACCGUUUGUGUUUCUAGCAGUGGCUGCUUUGUGAAAUUUGUGGUCGUACGUGGACGCCACAUAUGCCACAUAAA